AUGGAUCGUUGUAAGAAAUUUUUUAUCAGAAGGCAAACUGAACUUCCUAUUGACGACUUAGAGACUGAGCUUGAAAGAAAAGAACGAUGGAGGAGCGUUUACAUGAUUUAUUUUACUAUGUUCUUGAUGUCUCUUGGCUUCAGUAUUAUACUUACUGGGGUUUGGCCAUAUUUAGGCAAGUUGGAUCCUACAGCAGGAAAAGAAUUUAUGGGUUAUGUGGUGGCAGCUAAUCCACUUGGACAAAUGUUAUUUUCACCUCUGGUAGGUUGGUGGGGCAAUAAAAGAGGAUCAGUAAGAUUGCCACUUUUAGUGACUUUAGCAUUGUUUACUAUCUCAUCAGCUGCUUACAGUAUUCUUGAAAUAAUACCUGGCGAUAAAAAGAAUUACAUGCUUGUUGCCAGAUUCUUUGUUGGUGUUAGUUCUGCUAAUAUUGCCGUAGCAAGAUCUUAUCUAUCUGCAGCCACAAAACUUUCAGAACGCACACAUGCAGUUUCUAUGGUAUCCUUAGCACAGGUUCUAGGUUUUGUAGUGGGUCCUGGACUGCAGGCUGCUGUAACACCUCUUGGAGACCAUGGUGUAACAUUUAUGAUGCUUCCUUUAAACAUGUAUACAGCAGCUGGUUGGAUUAACGUGAUAAUGGGAAUUUUUAAUUUAAUCUUUUUAUUACCAUGGAACUUUAAGGAACAUAAAAUUGCUAUAAAAGAAGCUAUGCGUAAUGAGGGUAAAGCUACAGAAAAAGAAACGUGGAAAGCUAUAAAACCAGAUUAUUUGGCUACAUGGACUUUAAUUUGUGCAUUCUUUGUUUUAGUUUUUAAUUUUGUUCUUCUUGAGACUCUUGCUACUUCUCUUACCAUGGAUCAGUUUGCUUGGACUAAAAAAGAAGCACUGUAUUAUAUGGGAAUACUAAUGAGCGUCGGAGCUGUGAUAUCCUGUAUUACAUUUACAAUGAUUGGACCACUUUGUCAGAGAUUUGCGGAACGUAAAGUAAUGUUAUGGGGUGGAUUCUUCUUUAUGGUGAUUGGACGAGUACUAUGUAUCCCAUGGGGUCCAGAUCCUCCUAUAAUUGCAGAUUUUGGACCAUAUAAUAAUAUUACGGAAGAUGCCAAUGGUACAGAAAUCGUAGGAUGCCCCAUUAAUCAGGAAUGGUGCCUAUAUACACCACAAAUUACAAUUACUCAAUUUCUUAUUGGUUACGGUUUUACAGCCAUAGGUUAUCCUCUAGGAGUUACUCUGAUGCAAACUAUAUUUAGUAAAAUUCUCGGUCCGCGUCCGCAAGGCGUAUGGAUGGGUUUAUUGACAGGUGCGGGUUGUGCGUCUCGUGUUUUAGGUCCGGUAUUUGUAGGUUUCAUUUAUACUCGCUUAGGAACAUAUCACACUUUUGGUAUUACUGGCGUAAUGCUAAUUAUUUCCAUGUUGUGGUUACAAGUCGUAAAUAAGCGUUUGAUCGCGCCAAGCGAGCUAAAGAAAAACAAUGAAGCGCCGAACAGUCAAGGAAAAGAUAUCGAAAUUCCAUUAGUUACAUAUCGAAAUUCCAUUUAAGAGCUGAUAAUAUACUCAAACAUCACGUGAAGCUGUAUAGUUUAACGGAAUAUCACAUCGUAAUUGUGAUAAUGAAAGUUGUGUGUUGGCGAGGAAAGUUUAUCUUUUUGUGCAAUAUGCAAUUGUCGUAAUAAAUUGUACAUAAAUAUCAACAAAUAUUAUUAAGGCAACAAUGCAAAUUAAUCUAUAUAUUUUUUAUGAAUGUAUACAGAUUACUAUUACAUUCUUAAAAUGUAUAGAUAUUUUAUAGAAAGUUACUCUGCGCUAAAUAUGAUUAAGAAUGAAACGGAUGCCUUUCUCAGAAUAGUUCUAAAUAUAUAACAAUAAUUGAGAUAAUUGAGAAAACAUUCUUUUGCUCAGAAAUGCUCAAAACUUUCUAGUAAUAUAAUUUGUUGAAAUUUUAUUAUAUUUUUUUUAUAUAAAUUUGAAAUGACCAAUGUUAUAUUCAUUAUAAUAUGAUGUUAAAUAUUAAUGUGUAAGACUUGGAUUAUGAAAGACAAAGACUUGCCAUAAAUAAUGCAAAGUGAAAUUCAUGAAUUGUUCUUCCAGUAUUUUUGCUUAAAGAGAAGUUAUAACUCCGAAAUAUUGCACAGUUAUUGAUUUAGUGUUUAGAGAUUUUUAUUAAUAUUUAGGGGAAAUAGUAUGUGUGUGGAUAUAGAUAAAUACUCUUGUACAAACCGUGAGUUUGAUACACAUUGAACUCCAGUUCUACAAGGACUUUUAUUAAUUGCAAAAUGUUAGAAAAUUGCACAAGAAGUAAAUUUCUUUAAUAAUCCAUCGUUUGUGUAUAUUU